AUGGCCUCGCAACGGCUGGAGCUGGCCCUGGGCCGCCUCGCCCUCCGGCCCUUGCAGCAGUCCGCCUUCCCCUGCGCUCACUGCCGCCAGCCGUCUCAGUCGGAGCGAUACCUCAACCCGUCACCACAUCACCGACGGCUUCAGCAACAGCAGCAGCGACGCAGCCUCGCCACGUCCGCGCCGCGCGCCGCCCGCGCAGAGAAGCCCGCCGCCGGAGCCUCCCUCGACCCCAAGAGCGCCGUCGCCGGCGCCCCCAUCGAGGCCCCGCGCUCCUACGGCAAGCGCGUCGAGGGCCAUUUCGUCCCCAAGCCCCUGCCCCGGCCCAUCGGCAUGCCGUUGCCCCCCAAGCCCGGCGAGAACACGGGCAUCGACGCCCGCUCCUUUAAGCAGCGCAAGGAGGACUUUGUCGACUACGACAAGCACCUGCAGCGGCGAAAAGAGCUGACCGCCCAGAUCUCGCGUCCCUACUUCCGCGACUGGGGCAACCUCCAGUUCCACCAGGGCAAGUCCUUCAUCGCGCCCCCGCGCCUCUUCAAGGCCGAGCUCUCCCUCUUCUUCCCCAACCUCUACGGCGAGACCCUCCUCAAGACCGACACCGCCCCGCGCGACACCACGCCCCUGCUCGCCGGCCGCGCCUCCGUCGUCUCCAUCUUUAGCAGCCAGUGGGCGGAGCAGCAGGUCGCCAGCUUCACCUCCCGCACCGCCAACCCGGCCCUGCACGACCUCGUCGCCCGCGAGCCCGGCCUCGCGCAGCUCGUCAACGUCAACUACGAGGACAACGCCGGCAAGGCCUGGCUCGUUCGUCUCUUCCGCGGCUCUCUCCGCAAGCGCUUCCCUGAGCAGGACUGGGACAAGUACUUCCUCGUCCGCAGAGGCAUCACCGACAGCAUUCGCGAGUCUAUUGGCUUGCUCAACACAAAGGUCGGCUACACCUACCUCGUCGACCACCACUGCCGCAUCCGCUGGGCGGGCAGCGGCACCGGCCACCCGGACGAGGUCGAGGGCCUGACCAAGGGCCUCGCCCGCCUCGUCGACGAGAUCAAGAGAGAUGCCGCCCGCCCGGCCGCAGCGCGGGAGCAGCUUCCCGGCAAGGCGCGUCAGGACAGCCCCAAGGCAUAG